AUGACAUUUGCUCAAACGAAGCUUGCCCUCGUGGUCGCUACAGGCCUAGCCCUAGUCUGAUUGGCUGUUGAUCUGCUCCACAGCGACCUUUCCAUCCUCGAAUGAAUACGUUCAGUUAACAUUCGUACACGCUGAUGCUGUUAAGAUGAGGGAGCGAUACUAAAGACGUCUAGUUUGAUAUAACCUCGUGUCCCAAUGUACGUUGUCGACAGAGCAUCCCAACGCUCUACUAUUAGGCCAGUUGCCCUGCUGUCUAGAAAGAGCUGGUUGCAAUGAAAGUCGCCAUUCUUCAAUUCGCUCCGAGUGUAGGCCAGCGAGAGGACAACAUUCAACGCGCAGAGAGCCUGAUCGUAGAAGCAAUGCCAGCAAAUGGAGCACCAGGCUGGGACUGGCUGAUACUACCAGAAAUGGCGUUCAGUGGCUACAACUUCCAUUCUCUCGAAGAAAUAACUCCUUACCUCGAGCCCACCGCCGCCGGCCGCACCACCGAAUGGGCACGCACCGUGGCCUCACGCCUCGGCUGCCACGUCACCAUUGGUUACCCAGAAGUCAACACCACUGACCCGCCCAAGAACUAUAACUCAACAAUCACAGUCUCGCCCCUCGGCGAAGUUCUCCUCAACUAUCGCAAGACACACCUAUACUAUACCGACGAGACAUGGGCCUCCGAAGGCCCGGGCUUCUACUCUGGGACGUUAGGUACUUUGGGCGCCGUCACGCAUGGCAUAUGCAUGGAUAUCAACAGCUAUAGAUUUGAAGCAGAGUGGAGCAAGUACGAGUUUGCAUCCGCGGCGCUGGCGGCGAAGAGUCCCAUUGUAGUUGUGAGCACGGCGUUCAUUACGCAUCUGACAACGGAGGCUCUGGCAGAGGAGCCGAAAUUGCCGGAUGAUGGGACGUUGAGCUACUGGCUUGCGCGCAUGGACCCAAUUCGAACAGCAACGCAGAACGACAGGGUCACGUUGGUGUUUGCGAACAGGUGUGGGAGUGAGGGGGGCACAAAUUAUGCUGGGUCGAGUGCGGUGAUUCGAAUUGAGGGUGGGAAGGUCAGCAUUUUGGAUAUGUUGGGAAGAAAUGAGGAGAAGCUGAUGGUGGUUGACACGGAUGGUCCACCCAAAUUCGCAAUGGAGUUGCGACAUGAAUGAUGACCAUAGACGUGAAGUUUUAGAAUUCCCAAAGAUGUCGAUUCCCGUAUGGCUGAACAGAGUGUCGUGAGUCGGAUAGCUGUGUGCUGUACAUUAGCUGUGAUGGUAUAUACGAGUGGGCAAAUUGCAUUUCCAAUAUAGAAGUAACAACACUCGGCAGCAGUUCACUGUAAUGUUCGUUUGAUCUUUCCAUUGGCUAGCUGUGAUGUAGUGCUG